GCUAUCCAGCGCUAUCUACCAAGUGCUAGCCAACUAAAAAUGUGGAUUCUGAUUUCAUAAAUUACAGAAAACAAUUUAAAAUGAUUUAUCGACAAUAUUUCGAUUAAUUAAGAGGAAGGUCAAUUUUAAUGCAUUCUAAAUGUUAUGAUAGUAGUUCUUUUGGAAGCAUUAGGAACGUUUUGUAUGUACAAUAAUUAUAAGGUUAUUCAUAAUUGAUUACAUUGACAUGUGUUUAUCUACUAUUUCCUUAUAACAUAAUAAGCAAAAGAAAUAAUUAAAAACAAUGACGUCUAUAAUAAAACUUCAUGCUGUUUCUGGGGCUAUGGACGAAUCUCCUCCUUGUUAUAUAUUGCAAGUUGAUGAAUUGAGGAUAUUGCUUGAUUGUGGAUGGGAUGAAAAUUUUGAUCAGGAAUUUAUAAAAGAACUGAAGCGGCAUGUCCAUCAAAUAGAUGCUGUGUUGUUGUCGUAUCCAGACCCAUUGCAUUUGGGUGCAUUACCAUAUUUAGUUGGGAAGUGUGGUUUAAAUUGCCCUAUAUAUGCUACAAUUCCUGUGUACAAAAUGGGGCAAAUGUUUAUGUAUGAUAUGUAUCAGUCACGUCAUAAUAUGGAAGAUUUUGAUCUGUUUACUCUCGACGACGUUGACGCGGCAUUUGACAAAAUUGUUCAAUUAAAAUAUAAUCAAAGCAUAUCCAUGAAAGGAAAGGGAUAUGGAGUUACUUUAACACCACUACCAGCUGGCCACAUGAUUGGAGGUACUAUUUGGAAAAUUGUGAAAGUCGGUGAAGAGGACAUAAUAUAUGCUGUUGAUUUUAAUCACAAGAAAGAACGGCAUUUGAACGGUUGUGAGUUAGAACGAUUGCAAAGACCAUCAUUAUUAAUAACUGAUGCUUUUAAUGCUACAUACCAGCAAGCUAGACGCAGAACUAGAGAUGAAAAAUUAAUGACCAAUAUUUUACAAACAUUGCGCGGUGGUGGCAAUGUUUUGGUUAGCGUAGAUACAGCUGGUCGUGUAUUAGAGUUAGCACACAUGUUAGAUCAACUCUGGCGCAAUAAAGAAUCUGGUUUACUUGCAUAUUCGUUAGCCCUUUUAAAUAACGUUAGUUACAAUGUUGUGGAAUUCGCCAAAUCGCAGAUCGAAUGGAUGAGCGACAAAUUAAUGAGAAGUUUCGAAGGAGCUAGAAAUAAUCCAUUUCAAUUUAAACAUUUACAACUGUGUCACAGUAUGGCAGAACUGAAUCUAGUGCCUAGUCCAAAGGUUGUACUCGCGAGUACUCCAGAUAUGGAAUGUGGCUUCUCGAGGGAAUUGUUCCUUCAAUGGAGCGGCAAUUCUCAAAACAGUAUUAUUAUAACUAGUAGAACUUCACCGGGAACACUUGCGAGAGAUUUAGUAGAAAAAGGAGGCAACAGAAACAUUACAUUGGAAGUAAGAAGGAGAAUUAAAUUAGAAGGGAUGGAGCUGGAAGAAUAUCAAAGAAAAGAAAAAUUGAAGCAAGAGCAGUUAAAACAAGAGCAAAUGGAAACUGCUGAUGUAAGCUCCGAAUCUGAAGAUGAAAUAGAAGUGGGAGGCGGGAGAGGCAAACACGAUUUGUUAGUGAAGCAGGAGAGUAAACCAGGUUUCUUUAAGCAAAGUAAAAAACAACAUCCAAUGUUCCCAUUCGUAGAAGAAAAAAUUAAACUGGACGAGUAUGGAGAAAUCAUAAGACCCGAAGAUUAUAAAAUAGCAGAAACUAUACCUGAGGUAGAUGAUAAUAAGGAAAAUCUAGAAACAAAACACGAAGAUGCUGCACAUCAUCCGGAGGUACCUACUGACAUUCCCACCAAAUGCGUUCAAGUUACGCGUACAAUGACAGUUAAUGCAUCUGUCACAUACAUAGACUUUGAAGGCAGAUCAGAUGGAGAAUCGCUACAAAAGAUCCUAGCACAGUUAAGGCCCCGAAGAGUUGUAUUAGUCAGAGGAUCACCUAAAGAUACAGAAAUCCUGGCUCAACAAGCGCAAAGUGCUGGCGCACGAGUGUUCAUUCCAGGUAGAGGAGAAACACUAGAUGCUACAACAGAAACGCAUAUAUACCAGGUUCGUUUGACCGAUGCUCUCGUUAGUGGUUUGAAUUUUUCAAAGGGAAAAGGUGAUUCCGAAGUAGCGUGGAUCGAUGCAAUGAUAACAGCACGCGAUCAGAUGUGCCGAGAUGUUGUUACAGAUACGCAACAAGAUGAUGUAAUAGACCAAAGCGAUAAAAUACUUACUUUGGAACCAUUACCAUUAAACGAGGUUCCUGGUCAUCAAACAACAUUCGUAAAUGAAUUAAAAUUGUCCGAUUUUAAACAGAUUCUAAAUAAGAGUAAUAUCCCCUCUGAAUUCAGCGGAGGUGUUUUAUGGUGUUGCAAUAACACUAUCGCCGUUAGAAGGCACGAAGCUGGAAAAGUAAUAUUGGAAGGCUGCAUUUCUGAAGAUUAUUAUAAGGUGCGCGAAUUAUUAUACGAACAGUAUGCAAUUGUAUAAAUUAAAAAUUAUAAAUUUUGUACAUGAA